AUGGAGCUCCGACCUCCCGCCUUGAAGACGAGGAAGAGAUGGAGGAAGCUAAGGGGGCGACCGGCAUUGAAGCCUUGGAUCUCCCGGAGAUGGCCGAUCCCACUGUGGCUGUGCCUGUGCAUUGCUGGGCAGUGCUCAGCCCAGGUGUAUAACCUCAGCUUGGAAGUGGGCGAAGAGCUGCCGGCUGACACUCUGGUAGGGGACAUUAGCGCGGGGCUGCCCCCUGGGGAAGCCCACCCUGGUGGGUUUUUCUUGUCGGAAGGCAGCGGGGAAUCCGCCCUGCUGGCGGAUUUCCACAUCCACCCGGACACCGGCAUCAUCCGCACCGCCAGGCCCCUGGACCGCGAGCGGACGGCGCGCUACAGCUUCGCGGCGGCCACGCUGAGAGGGGCGAUCGUGCAGGUGGAAAUCGCCGUCGCCGACGCGAACGACCACGCGCCCCGCUUCCCCCGGGAGUUGGUGCGCCUCAGCGUCUCCGAGCUCAGCCCGCCCGGCAGCGCUUUCCGCCUGCCCGCCGCGCGCGAUCCCGACGAGGGAAGCUUCGGCGUCCGGGACUACUCCUUGCUGCCGGGGGACCAGGACGGCUCCGCGGAGGAGGAGGAGGAAGAUCCGUUUUUCCAGGUGCGCUACGGUGCUCCCUCCGACCCUCUGGAUCUGCUCUUGUUGAGACGGCUGGACCGGGAGCAGGCGGCUACCCACCGGUUGCUGGUCGAGGCUUGGGACGGCGGCAGCCCUCGCCGGAGCGGACGCCUCCGGGUAGAGCUCCGAGUGCUGGACGAAAACGACAACGCUCCCACUUUCGACCGACGCGAGUAUCGCGCCCAGCUACGGGAAGACGCGCCCGCGGGAGCUUCCGUGUGUCGGGUUUUCGCCACCGACCCGGACCUGGGUGUUAACGGGGAGGUGCGUUACGCUCUUAGCCGCCGCCAGGGAGACUCUUCUGCGGCGGUUUACUUCGAGGUGGGCGAGCGCAGCGGGUUGCUCCGUUUGCGCCGGCCGCUGGAUCGCGAGCUGCGCGCUAGCCACCAACUGGCCGUGGAAGCUCGAGACGGCGGCGCCCUGCCCGAAGUGGCGACCGCCUGGGUGGCCGUGGAAGUCCUCGACGUGAACGACAACCCGCCGGUCAUUCAGUUGCUCUACCUCACCGAGGCCGGCGCCGGAGUCUCCGAAGGGGCGCGGUCGGGGGACUACGUAGCCCGCGUGUCUGUCUCCGACCCCGACGAACAGCUGGGCGGCGUGGCGCUGAGCCUGGAAGGCGGCGAAGGCGCCUUUUCGCUGCGGCGCUCCGGCGGCGUCGGCGUCUAUUUCCUGUGCGUGGAAGGUCCCUUAGACCGGGAGACCCGCGAGGCUUACGAGCUCCGCUUGACGGCCGUCGAUGCCGGCGUCCCGCCGCUCUCCGCGCGCCACGUGCUGACCCUCCGCGUGGCCGACCGAAACGACCAGGCUCCGGUCUUCGCGCAGCCCCGCUACCGAGCCACCGUCUCCGAAGUCGCGUCGGCCGGCUCGGUGGUCCUGCGCCUCAGCGCCUCGGACGCCGACGAGCCCGGCUCUCGCAACAGCCAGGUGCGCUACGCCUUGGCCCCCUCGCAGCCUCACGGCGCGCUUUUCCUCCUCGACCCGCUCAGCGGCGUCCUGAGUCUCCGAGGCCCGCUGGAUCGCGAGCGGGAAGCGCUGGUGCAGCUGUGGGCGCUGGCCCGGGACUUGGGCGCGCCGCCCCUCUCGGCCUCCUGCCUGGUGAGCGUCACCAUCGCUGAUGCCAACGACAACGAGCCCGUCUUCAAACGCCGAGUCUACAGCGUGAGCUUGGCUGAACACUCCGAGGUCGGCUACUGCCUCUUGCAGGUCAAAGCAACAGAUCAAGAUUCAGGACAUUUUGGAUACAUUGAAUAUUUUCUUUAUAAUGGAUUCCUUAGCAAUGAAAAACCAGAAGCAUUUGACAUUGAUUUAAACAGUGGUUGUAUAUACGUGUCUCAGGAUAUUGACAGGGAAGAAGAUCCAUCUACAUAUGAUUUUUUAGUAAAAGCCAUUGAUGGGGGUGGACUAAGUGCCCAAGCUUUUGUUCACAUAGUAAUUGAAGAUAUAAAUGACAAUCUUCCUAUCUUCAACCCUGUAAUUUAUGUGAUAAACAUCAGCAGUCAUACACAGCCAGGAACAGAAAUAACUAAACUUCUUGCUACAGAUAAAGAUUCUGGGAUAUAUGGAGCUGUGACCUAUAAACUGAUUCCUGGAUAUUUUUCUUCCCUUUUCAAAGUGGACCCAUCUACAGGAACUGUUUAUUUAAUAUCAGCCCUGACUAACGCAGAUUGUCCCAGUGUGCUGCUGACUGUUUCUGCUCAGGAUGGUGGGGGUCUUCGAUCUGAUGUUGAUGCGGAUGUAACUGUGAAGAUCUUUCAACCUCCUGUGGCUUCUGCUGUCUUUGAGGAGUCAUCUUACAGCUUUUCUAUCCCUGAAGAUGCCCCUGAAGGAACUUCUGUUGGAACAGUGAAAGCAAGAAAGCCUUUGAAUUUCCUGGAUACAGUUUCUUAUAGAAUUUCCUCUGGCAAUUCCCAUGGGAUUUUUACUGUUGAUUCUCACAGUGGAAUCAUACACACCCAGAAACAACUUGACCAUGAAACCCAUGAUCAUAUACUCUUUACAGUGCAGUCACAAUUGGGAAGCUCUUCCAUCUUCAGCAGUGCCCAGGUCAACGUAACUCUGAUUGACAUCAAUGAUAACCGUCCAGUAUUUGUGAUGGAUUAUGAUCAAAUAUAUAUAUCUCAAAGCACGCCACCUGGAACAGCUCUUUAUAUUGCUCAUGCAGAAGAUAAAGACAGUGGGCUCAAUGGGCUCAUCCAUUAUGCCAUUGUAAGCAGUCAGUCAAGUAUUUUUAGUCUUGAUCCAGCUCUUGGGAUUCUUUACCUUGCUAGAGAUCUCAAUAGUCAUAAGCAGCACGAGCAUGUAGUGGUACACAUCAGAGCAGAAGAUCAUGGAAAUCCUUCCCUGAGCUCUGUGUUGAUUUUGGGAGUGCUAAUUGACAAACAAAAAGGAAGUCCUGUGUUGAUUUUUGAAAAGUUGCUGUAUCAAGUGGAAGUUAGUGAAAGAUCCUGUCUAGGUGACAGAAUCCUGCAAAUAAGGGCCCGGAAGCUAAAUCCCCAUCACAUUUCUGCUACUCUUACAUACUCUUUGGAACGUAACAUAGACUCUGUUCCUUUUGAAAUUGAUCCAGAAACAGGUGUGGUUUACUUACGUAAUCCUUUAGACUAUGAACAUUUGCAAGCUCAUAGUUUUAGAGCUUUUGUUACUAGCUCAAUGGAUAAGUCAGUGCAAAAUGCAAGCACAUUAAUAAUAAUCAACAUAAUUGAUGAAAAUGAUAACUCUCCUGUGUUUCUUCGCGAUGUCUACUUUAUUGAAGUUGAGGAAAGAGCAUUACCCCAAGGUGUGAUUGGCACAAUUAAAGCAAUUGACAAGGACUCUGGAAGAAAUGGGCAGCUCUCCUACUUCAUCUUAUCAAAUGAAAAUUAUUUCAGAAUCAAUUCCAAUACAGGGGAAAUUAUAAACUGGGUGGCCUUAGACUAUGAGCAGCAAGUUCAGCACCAUUUGAUUGCUCUGGUAACAGACCAUGGGGUCCCUCAACUUAAUGCUACCAUAUCUGUCUAUAUCUCAGUUAUGGACCUCAACGACAACCGUCCAUCUUUCUCCCAGGAUCUGCUACGUUUCAAGGUUUUAGAAAGGCAACCAGCAGGAACACGAGUGGCCAAUAUAUUUGCCAAAGACCUUGAUUCUGGAAACAAUGGAAUAGUGCUGUAUUCGUUAUCCUCAGAAGAAAGUUUAGGUCACUUUCAGAUUGACAACAGUAGCGGUGAGUUAAUAACUACCAAAGCUCUGUUAUACAGUUGGCAUUCAAACUACCGAAUGGUAAUCACGGCAAUUGACAAGGGAAAUCCUUCUUUUCAAGGGGAAACAGUCAUCAAUAUUGAGGUAAUACCUCUUGUGAAAGGAAUUUCUCAUUCUUCUCAAAACAUCAGACAUUUUGCCAUACCAGAAGAUUUUAGACCUUCUCAGGUCAUGGGCUCCUUAAAACUCCCUGAUCAGCAUUUCUAUCCCAACAGAAAACAGCAUUUUAUUAUCCCUGAAGAAGAUUCUGAUAUUCCAUUUGAGAUUGAUAAUGCUACAGGCGAUCUCUUUCUUUCUAAAGCACUUGAUUAUGAAGUAAUGUCUCACUACUUCUUCAGAGUUGUUGUAACUGACUGCCUGAACAGUUCUCCACAGAAUGAGACUGUUUUCCUCAGUGUUGACGUUGAAGAUCAAAAUGACCAUUCCCCUUCUUUCCAAAAUAACUUCAUUGUAAUUGGGAUAGAGGAAAAUGUGCCCAUUGGUACUUUGGUGUAUACGUUUAGCGCAAGAGAUGGAGACGGUAGUUUUUUAAACAGAAAUAUUCAGUAUUCAAUGCAUAGUAAUUACUUGACAGAAAAUCCAUUUGUCAUCCAUCCUAUUUAUGGUACCUUAAUUACAACAGUAUCCCUGGAUCGAGAAAUAACUCCAUUUUUUGUCCUGACAGUAUUGGCUUCAAAUCAGGCGGUAAACCUGACUGAACAUAACCAGUGUUCACUGACAGCAAAAAUUGUCAUUUUAGAUGUCAACGAUAACAUCCCUAGCUUUGUUUCAUCUCCUGUUUCCUACAUUAGAGAGGAUUCAGAGGUAGGCUCAGUAGCACAUCACAUAAUAGCACAUGAUCCAGACCAAGGAAUGAAUGGACAAGUCACAUACCUUCUCUCAAGCAAUGAAAACCAUGCCUUUUUGAUAGAUAAAGCUACUGGAGUGCUAACAACAGUCUCUGCUUUGGACCGUGAAAACCAAGAAUAUUAUAACCUGAAAGUUGUUGCUCUCGAUAAUGGCAAUCCAGCCCUAUCUGCCACUCAGAACCUGGUAGUAAUUGUUCUUGAUGUAAAUGAUGAAGCCCCCAUAUUUACCAAAGCUGUAUAUGAAGCUUCAGUCUGGGAAAAUAGAGCCCCAGGAGUGCUUGGCAUUAAAGUUGAAGCAAUUGAUAAAGAUUCAGGAAUCAAUUCCCUACUUAAAUAUGAGAUAUUACCAGGACCUGCAUAUGAGAAUUUUCAAAUAAACUCAAAUACUGGAGAAAUUAGAACAGCCAAUUCGCUUGACAGGGAAAUUCAAGAGGUUCUUCAUAUUAAAGUGCUUGUUCAAGAUGGGGGCACUCCCUCUUUAUCCAGUACAGCAUCAAUUAUCUUUAGAGUACUAGAUGAAAAUGAUCAUACUCCUAAGAUCAUCUUUCCAGUUUCUGAUAUCCAAAUAUUGGAGAACCAACUGCCUUCAACAAUAACAACACUCCUGGCUGUGGAUGAUGAUAUAGCUAAUAACGGCAUAGUGCAAUAUCAAAUAAUUGGUGGGAAUACCGGAGGAUACUUUGCCUUGCACAAAACUACAGGAGACCUUUUCACUACUCGCAGUUUGAACAGAGAGAGCGUCAACAAUUUUACAUUGGUCAUAGAGUGUUUUGAUCUAGGCACUCCAGCAAGAAGUUCUGUUAUGGAACUACAAAUCAGAGUCCUGGAUGAAAAUGACAACAGUCCUUUAUUUACAAGAAAUCAUUACCAAGCAAUUAUAAGUGAAGAUAUUGAAGAAAACUCAUCAAUUCUUGAACUGUUUGCUUUAGAUGCAGAUGAAGGUCCAAAUGGAAAGGUUGUGUACACUCUAAUGGAUGAAUCUCUUGGAUUGUUUACUAUUAACAGAACUAGUGGUGUUGUCCUUACUAAUAAACCAAUGGACCGAGAGAGACAAUCUCAAUAUAUAUUUAAAGGUAUAGCGACAGAUUCCGAUGUCCGACAACCAAGAAGUGCCAGUGUUACUAUAGUAGUACAGAUUGAAGAUGUAAAUGACAAUAAUCCUUUUUUCUUAGAGAAUCCUCUUAAACUUCAAGUAUCCUUUCAAACACCUAUAAAUCAGGCAAUAGCGACUGUGCAAUCCAGGGAUUUAGAUUUAGGUUUGAAUGGAACAGUGAAGUUUCGGUUUGUGACACCAGCUACAAUACUUGAGAUGGAUUCAAAUACAGGUGAAAUAUUUCUUAAGGAACCUGUAUUUUACGAUGGCUUAUUCACCCACCACCUGAUAACGGCAUGCGAUCAAGGGACCCCAGCUAGAACUGCUACAGCUGUUGUGAUCAUCUCUUCUAAAGCCCACACGGAAAUGAUUUCUUUCAGUCAUACUCAGUAUGAAGCAGUGGUUCCUGAAAACAGCGAAAUGGGUACUUCUGUUUUUACUGUUGCUGCUCAUGACCACAGUUUGAUGGAAAACAAUGUAAAAUAUACAAUCAUCAGUGAACAUGAGGAUAUUUUCUAUAUUCAUCCCAUCACAGGUGAAAUUACAGUAAAACAUCCUGUAUUUCUUGACUAUGAAGUCAGAAAGGAAGUGCAUUUUGCAGUUUUAGCUGAAAAUGGCAUGGCUUCAGCAGUGUGUGGUGUGACAGUAUUCUUACAGGACAUUAAUGAUAAUGUACCUCAGUUUGAACAAAGCUAUAUCAGAACAUCAGUUUGGGAAGGCCAAGCCUAUGAUGCUUAUAUUACACAGAUCUAUGCAACAGACUCUGACAGUGGACGAAAUGGAGAAAUUGAAUAUUCUAUUUUAUUUGGGAAUAUAAACGAAGUAUUUUUCAUUGAUUCAGAACGAGGAAUUAUAUCUACAAAUAUGGCUCUGGAUCGUGAAGACAUUUCAUUAUAUAGGUUGAUUGUACAAGCUGCUGACAAAGGAAUCCCUGGACUAUUUGCUAAUUGCACAAUAGACAUAGAAGUUGUGGACAUCAAUGAUAAUGCUCCAACUCUGCAGCCAUUUGAUAUUAUCCAUCUCUCUGAAAGUACGCCAGUUGGAUUCCUACUGAUACAAGUAGUUGCAAAUGAUACAGAUCUGGGCCCACCUCUUCACUACAGUUUUGCUGAAGGUUCUAAUCAUGGAAAGAAAUUUGCAAUCGACCAAUUGAAGGGAACAAUUACACUGGUGAAGGCAUUAGAUUUUGAAAUAAAUACUCAUCUGGAACUUUUUAUCAACGUUUCUGAUUCUGUGCAUCAAACCAUAGAACGACUCCCAAUUCUUAUAGCUGAUGUCAAUGAUAAUCCUCCAGUAUUUGUUCAGGAUAGCUAUCGGGUGAUUAUACCUGAAUGUAAGUACAUAGAUGACUCUGUCUUGAUUGUACAUGCCACAGACAAAGAUUCGGAGCACAAUGGAAAUAUAGUCUAUAGAAUGAUUUCUCUGUCUGACACAUUUUUAAUUGAUCCACAAAAUGGUGAGCAUGCUCACCCAGAGAUUCAUCUCCUUAUAGAAGCCAGCGACCAUGGAAAUCCUCCUUUGACUGCUAUGACUUCUGUUACAGUGCAGAUACAGGCUAUGAAUACAUACAUUCCUCUGUUUACAAUGGAAACCUAUACUUUUACUAUAAGUGAAAAUGCUUCAGUUGGGGAGAACCUGUUCACAUUCUCAGUUAAUGACCAAGGUAGAAAUCAUCAAGGCACCAAUGUUGUGUAUUCCAUCAUUAGUGGCAAUAACGAGAAUAAAUUCUAUGUGAAAAAGCUCGUAUUUGGGCCAGAAUAUUCAGAUCAAACAAUUGGAAAUCUUGUUUUGAGGAACACCCUAGAUCGAGAGAAAUGUUCAUCUUAUAAGUUGUUAAUUCUUGCAUCUGAUCCUAAAGCUGCUCAUCUAAAUUCAACUGCUACCGUGUCGAUUACUAUUUUAGAUGUUAAUGACAAUCCACCUGUAUUUACAAGUUUGGAAUAUCAUGUUCAUGUCAGGGAAGAUGUUCCAGUUGGUAGUUACAUUACUUCGGUGUCAGCAUAUGAUUAUGAUGCCGGAACCAAUGCAGAUGUCACUUACAACAUAGCCUCUGGAAAUGAUAAAGGGCACUUCCAACUAGAAGGUAAAACUGGCUCAAUACAUCUGAUUAGAGCUCUAGAUUACGAGGCUGCUACGGAAUUCAACUUGACUGUCCAAGCUUCUGACGGAGGAAUAGUUCCGAAAAAUGUGGCUUUUGCUGUUGUUUUUAUCAGUGUCCUGGAUGCUAAUGAUUAUGUCCCCGUAUUUGUUUUACCAAACCUCAAGUGUGGUGUACGGGAAAAUAUGCCUGCGUUUUCCUCUGUUUGCACAAUUUCUGCACUAGAUUUUGAUGCUGGCCCAUUUGGUUAUCUUGCCUACUCUAUCCAGUCAUCUUGCUUGCCUAGUCAUGGAAAUCGUGGAGAUCGUAACCUGUUUAUAAUAGAUUCUUUGUCUGGAAAUAUCCACACCAAGCAGGUGCUUGACUUUGAACAUCAGAUUAAGUAUUGUUUUGUUGCACAGGCAAAAGAUAAAAGCAAUUCCACAGCUACCAUUACUGUUUGGAUUAAUGUUGAAGGAUUAGAUGAACUUGACCCUGUGUUCAACCAAGAUGAAUAUUUCUUUUAUUUUCCCGAGAAGAAUGAAGCUGGGCAGUGGAUUGGUGAUGUAAAAGCGUCAGACUGUGAUGGUGGAGUGGAUGGUGUCAUUUAUUAUACUUUGUUAGGACAAUCUUCCUUCUUUUCGAUGAACUGUAGCAGUGGGUCUGUUUAUUUGGCUGGAUCUAUUCACAAAAAAAGAAGCAGCAAGAAGGAGAAAGAUGGCACUUUUGAACUUCUAAUAAAAGCUCAUAGUCCAAAGCAGGACUCAAAGUCCAGCAUCUGCACAAUUAUGGUAAGCAUUUUUAAUAGCCCGGAGAGCUAUCCCACACUGCCAGCAGCUAACCUGUCUGUUAGCAUUGCCAUCUCUAUCAUAGUACUUUUGUUUUUAGCCAUCUGCCUUGCUGUGCUUAUUGGUAGAUAUAUACUAAAAGAUACCUGCAAGUAUAGCCUGAAGAAAGAGAUGCCAUGUCCCUCAGUUAUAGAUCUAAACAUGCAUAGACAAAAGAACUCAUCUAAACAUUUCCAAGAACCCCAAAUCCACGGAACAACUAUUCUUCCUUUAGGGAGCACAGCUGAUUGGCUGGAUUUGAUUGGUACCAGGGAUAAAAGAAAUAUUGAUAGUGUUUGUGUACAAUCCAACUCACAUAGCCACGGACCAAUAGAAGAGAAAAUUGGAGAAAAUGUGGAACUAAAAACAAUUAAUGAACACCCUACUAGGAAGGGUACGAGAUCUGCUUUAAGUGACAAAUGCUCAUUUAUACCAGAUUCAGGAAUUUCAAGGGAUUCUGAUCAGUUUUCAUGUCAGUCUGGAGAAAAUAAGAUUAUGUACAUUUCUCAAAACACAGAAGCUCUCCAUUACUUCAGAGAACUACUCUGGAACAAAAUGGUGUCCCACACACUUGCAAAAGUGACAGUCAAAGAAAUUGAGAUAAUGACUGAUCUCACAAUGGAAUAUAUAGAAGCACCUGAGAGCAAGGAUCUUGUUACCCCAUUAGACUCUGUUAAAGAUCUUGGAGAGAAUCAUAACUGGAAUUGUUUGCUGAACUGGGAACCCAGCUUUAAGCCUCUUGCUUCUGUGUUCAGUGAAAUUGCAGAACUGCAGGAUGAAAGUAUCGAAAUACAUAAUUUUCCUAAAGGGGACAAAUCUUUCAUUUUUCCUCCUUUGCUUGCUUCUACAGCUCAACCUGAUUUAAAAUCAUAUUUCUCACAGCUGCCAACUUCAUUGCCAGAUGCAUUUUAAAAAUAUCCCCAUUCAUCUGAUGUCCGUCAUUUGAAAUCUGCUUCAGUGCUUAUAAUCCUAGGUUUUUCACCAUUUCACCAAAGAGCCAUGGUGGCACAGUGG